AUGGAACCUAAUAUUCCUGGUUCAGCGUCAACUUCUAGAGCUACUCGAUUUAUGAUGGAAGGAGUUGGGGCACGAGUGAUUAGAGGUCCAGAUUGGAAAUGGGGCAAACAGGAUGGAGGAGAAGGUCAUGUAGGGACUGUCAGAAAUUUUGAAUCUCCAGAAGAAGUGGUUGUCGUUUGGGACAAUGGAACUGCAGCAAAUUAUAGAUGUUCAGGGGCUUAUGACCUACGUAUUCUCGAUAGUGCACCUACAGGCGUUAAGCACGAAGGCACUAUGUGUGACACAUGCAGACAACAACCUAUAUUUGGCAUACGCUGGAAGUGUGCUGAAUGUAAUAAUUAUGACUUAUGCUCUGUUUGCUAUCAUGGUGAUAAACAUAAUUUAAGGCACAGAUUUUACCGCAUAAGUGCACCUGGUGCCCAACGGUGUCUUGUUGAGCCACGGCGUAAAAGUAAAAAACAGGCUGUUAGAGGUAUAUUUCCUGGAGCCAGAGUUGUGAGAGGGGUUGACUGGCAAUGGGAGGACCAAGAUGGUGGAAAUGGUAGAAGGGGUAAAGUCAAUGAGGUACAAGAUUGGUCAGCAGCCAGCCCUCGAUCAGCAGCAUAUGUUAUAUGGGAUAAUGGAGCUAAGAACCUCUACAGAGUUGGGUUUGAGGGUAUGGCAGACCUAAAGGUAGUCAAUGAUGUAAAAGGUCAAAAUGUGUACAAGGAGCAUUUGCCGCUCUUGGGCGAGUUAGGUCCUGGUCGUACGGGGCCCCAUGGUUUGCAAGUUGGUGAUCAGGUCAAUGUAGAUCUGGACCUUGAAAUAGUACAAUCACUACAGCAUGGGCAUGGUGGCUGGACCGACGGCAUGUUCGAGUGUCUCGGCACCACCGGCACUGUAGUUGGUAUUGAUGAGGAUCAUGACAUUGUAGUCACAUACCCUAGUGGAAAUAGAUGGACGUUCAACCCAGCUGUCUUAACUAAGGUAUGCACUGGGAACUUGACCGCUUCGGCGUCGGCUGGUGGCGCUGGCGGCGGAGGGUUCGCCGUAGGAGACCUCGUGCAAGUGUGCUCUGAUCAGGAACGAGUCAAGGCUUUGCAACGUGGACACGGCGAGUGGGCUGAAGCUAUGGCACCUACACUCGGCAAGAUCGGUCGUGUGCAGCAAAUAUACCAAGACAACGACCUCAAGGUAGAAGUGUGCAAUACGUCUUGGACUUAUAACCCUAAUGCUGUUACUAAAGUUGCAUCGUCUGAUGGCAGUAUACCUGGAAAUUCGUCAGGCGAACGUCUGUCGGCGCUUUUAAAAAAGUUGUUUGAAUCUCACGUAACGGGCGAUGCGAAUGAGGAAUUGGUGAAGGCAGCCGCUAACGGAGACGCCACUCGAUGUGCUGAGAUUCUGGGGCGGACUGAUGCUCAGCAUGUUGAUGUUAACGGCUUCUAUGGAGGGCACACUGCUUUACAGGCGGCUGCUCAAAACGGCCACGUAGAAGUGAUCCGUGCUCUCGUAGAAGCCGGUGCAGACGUAGACGCAGAAGAUCGCGACGGUGAUCGCGCGGCACAUCACGCAGCUUUCGGCGACGAGCCGGGCGCGCUGCGAGCCUUGGCCGCCGCCGGAGCCGAUCUCAGCGCACGCAACCGUCGGAGACAAACUCCCCUCCACAUCGCCGUCAAUAAAGGCCACCUAGGAGUUGUGAGAACACUACUACAGCUUGCCGUACAUCCUAGUCUUCAGGAUUCAGAAGGUGACACACCUCUGCAUGAUGCCAUUUCUAAGAAGCGCGACGAUAUGUUAACCCUACUAUUAGAGCACGGAGCUGACAUGACUCUUACAAAUAACAAUGGGUUCAACGCUCUUCACCAUGCUGCUUUACGUGGCAAUCCAAGGUACCAUCCACCAUUCUGCAUGAACAUCUUAAAGUUCGGCAGCUUGCUUCGCGAUGGAUACCUCAUUCUCGCUCUAAAGAGCACUAAUGAUGUAGUGUUGAUUGGUGCAAAAUUUACAUUCAUUAGGAUUUGUCUGCGGCUUCGCUCGGCUUUUCUUCUUACUUAG